GCUAUAUAAGCGCGCACUUUCCGCAAAGAAUGAUACUUCACAACCGAGACAAGUUUCGCAGACAUGAAAGGCUUAAGCUUAAUUGCACUUUUUGGAUUGGCUGCACUCAUUGUGAGCCCAAUAGUUCUGGCAAAUAAUGCAGAUCCCAGCACGCCUGAGCCGCCACAAGUGGAUCCGAUUGAAUCAACAGAGCAACCUAUCUCGGCUGAAUCAACGCCAGAAGACUCCACUCCUGCGAUUGAAACCACCACAGAAGAGCCCACAACCGAGGACUCAACCACAGAAGAGCCCACAACCGAGGACUCAACCACAGAAGAGCCCACAACCGAGGACUCAACCACAGAGGAGCCAACAACGACAGAGAUACCACCAGUUCUUUGUGACGAGACAGAGAUUUUCCGCCCGGCGUCCGACUGUCGUGAAUAUUACCAGUGCUUCAACGGCGAGGGAGUCCUUAAAAGAUGUCCCGAUAACCUCUAUUGGGAUCCCAAGUUGAAUGUAUGUGGCUGGGAUACUCAGUAUUGCACCAGCGGCGAAAUCAGUACGACUACAUCUGCACCGGGAGGCUUGUCCUGUGCAUCUGGAGCUGCGUAUCUACCAUAUCUUCCCGAUUGCAACAAAUACAUCCAGUGUGUCUACAAUAUAGGAUUUAAACAAAGUUGCCCACCUGGCCUGUACUGGAACCAGCCUCUCCAGCGCUGUGACUACACCUGUGACAACAGUAUCUAGUGUCUAGACAGUCGAAAAGGUGCAAUGAACGCCUAAUAUAGGAAGCAAUUUUAAGAAAUAAAAAUACUUUAAUAAAUAAGCAAUAUUGCAACACAAAA